UUUAUUUCAUGUUUAUAAGAUGUAUUUUCUUUUCCUGUAAAUACGAAAAUAUCUUUAUCGGAAAAGUCGCCUUUGUAAUCGUUUUAAGUUCUUCAAAAGUGUUUUCUUGCAUACAACUGUCUAUAUUUACAUAUUUUCCUGGAUUGGGUUUUAUUUUCAAGUUUUUAGAAACGAUUGGCGACAUGUUCUCACCGUACGGCGUUUUCUCGGAAAUAAGGUUUUAAAGGAGCUUCCAAAAUUUAACUUUCAUCAUUUUAUCGCACUAUUUUUGGAGAGAAAUGGCCUCUGCUCUCUCAGCAUAUUGGGUGCAAUUCUUUAGGAACGCAGGAUUUCCUCAGGAUGUGGCUACGAAGUAUGCAGUGGUAUUCUCUAAUAAUCGAAUAAAGCCAGACAUGCUACCAGACUUGGAUAAGCCCAGCUUGAAGGAAAUGGGAAUAACGUUGAUGGGCGAUAUGAUAGCCAUUCUGCGCUACGCUAAGAAAGUAGUCGAAGACACGACUUGUGAAAAGUUUCUUGUCGACUCUGAAGACUCGCAGCCCACAGCAAAAUUUGUGUCGAAACCUGUGGUGAAAAAAGUAGUAGCAAAAGUUGCUCCAAAGAGCACAGUCCUAAGCAAAGCGAAACCCGCAGCCCCGAUUAAAUCCGUUUCCUCGGCACCCUCCAGUACAAUCGUGAAGAAAAAAGUCGCCUCAAAUGUGACGAGGCUCGUGCAAAGAGAGGAGAAAAAGCCUGCGAAGAGAAAGAUAGAAAAGAAAAUAGUGUCGUUGGAUAGCGACUCUGAUGAAGAGUGGAAAGCAGAAACACAAAAGAGAUUAAAAGCUGCAAAGGACGAUGUUGAAUAUAAAGUAAUAAUGCCUAAAGGAACAACCGUGAGGAGUCAGCAGAUUUUGAAGAAAGCUGUUGAGCAGAAACUGACGGUUUUCGAUAGACUGGGAGAUAGUUCCGUAACUAGUACUACUAAUUUACCUGAAUCGUCUACAACUUUCAAUAUCACUGGACUUGGGAAGGACAUGAUCAAAAGGAACUCUAGUGUAUUUAAUAGACUGGGCGAUAAGGAUUUAUUAAAAAAGGAUGAGACUCCGUUCACUGGGAUACUUAAAAAUGGAUCUAGUGCGGCACCUGCCCAAGGGAUUUUAAAAACUCGCGUGUCUCCUAAAACCACAGUUAUUUCUUUGAACAAAAACUCGAAAGGCGUUUCGAAACUAGUGGGAACGAUGAGAGCUGAUCAGGAACUGAAGGCCAAAACUGUGUCGAACAGUGUCAAACAGCUAAUUAAACAUACGCAGAAAAUUACAGUCAACGAGAGACGGAGUCCGAUGAUUGUUAAGAAAAUUGCACCGACGUAUAAACUAGCUUCCGAACGAGCCUUGCUAAUUCCAGCAAAAGCACGUCUUGGGACAACCAAGCAAGUGACUUUCAACAGUUUUGCAUCCGUAGCACACAUUAAGAAACCUGGAGUAUUUAGUCGACUUGGAAUUUGAAUUAAUUUAAGGCAUUAUUCAGCUUUUAUGAUUGUAAAUAAUUAGGUAGUUGCCGUAAGUCUGAAUGUGUUUCCGAGUGCAGAAUGAAAGAGAAACUUUUGUAGUAAAAAAAAAAAAAAAGGAGAGGAAGAAGCACAAAUGAUCCUUAACUUUUAAUUUAAGAAAAGACGAAAGCUGUCUUACGAUAUUUCAUUAAUUUUAUUCUUUUUUUUUAAGUUGUAACUUUGUUCUCAACAAUAAGUUUACAUUUGUUAAAUGUAAUUAAAAAAAUUGUAAGUGACUAAUUAAUAAUUCUUUACAAAUUCUACGAAUCAUUUUCAAACACAUAAAAAAAUAGGUAUAAUCAGAAUUAACAAAUUGAUUUUACGUUUCCCUAAAAGUUUGACUAAAAACUUAAUUUUUGUUGACAAUAACUAAAUACUUUUACAUUAAAAAAAACUUGCCGUAAGAACUUCCUUGCAAUGUAUAUGAGGGAUGCUAUUGUAAAUAAAUGAACAGACAUGACUACGAAUAA